CCCCCCCCCGACUCCGAGGCAGCCCACGCUCCACACACGCGACUAUGGCCGUGGUAUUAUUAGCCGACGAGAAUCGGUAUUUCUCAUCCAGUUCGCUCAAGAGGUCGCAUUCGGGGAAGUUCACAAACUCAUCAUACGCGCCUCUUGCGCCCUCGCCCUCGAAAUCAGACCUACACAGCCAGAUCUCCUACAACACCAACACCGUCUCCUCACCCCUGGCAUCCGCUCCGUCGCCCGCACGGUCGCCACCACCUAUGGUCCACGCCGCUGAUUCCACCACCGAAUCCUUCUCUACUACCGAAUCUUUCCUCUCCACACCCGCGACCAGCAUAUCCUGCGCGGACGACCAGGACGACGAUCAGAUCGUGUUCCCCUCGUAUGACGAGGUAGGAUACUACGAUCAGGACCAGUCUGAAGAUCUGGAGCCACCUGCGAGUCCGCGCGGUAAUGGGGAGUCAUACACCGUCUCGCCCACGUCGAAUACCGCCUCGACCGACGCGUCGCGACCCGAUUCCCCCGAGCUCGUCGAGCAUGCCGAGGAUGACACAGCGAUACGCUCACAGCCGUCGCGGCAUGUGGAUUACUUAUCGCACAAUUGGCGGGAGGAGGAUAUUUGGUUGUCGUGGCAGCAUAUCGUAUCGAAACGAGGCAACUACAGCAACAGCGCGAGGUUAGAAAACGCGUCUUGGCGGACUUGGAUCAAGAACAAGUACAAGCUCAAGACUGUGUCGCCCGAAACGCUGAAUUGGCUAAAAGACUGCGACGUGACCUGGCUCUACGGCCCCCUCCAAACCGGCUCCAGCAAGCCCUUCAUGCCCUCCACCUCCCCCAUCGGCAGCCGCCGCAUCUCGAAAUCCAACUCCUUCCUCCACAAGAAGCCCAUCCUCAAAAAGCGCACCAUGUCCGAGAUACUGCUCCAGCGCUCUCUCUCCGCCUCCUCCCUCCUCAAACAAGCCGCUGCAGCCGUCCAAGCCCAACAAUCCGGUUCCUCCUUCUCAUCCUCCUCGCACGACCGCCCGUAUAUGGGCCGCGCCAUCUCCGACUACGGCACCUUCGCGCUCGCCUCCCGCCGCCGAAGCCGGGAAAAUACCAGUUUUCUCCCCUCCGUCACGAGCUCGGGAAUCUCAUCCCCCGGCGCGGCGAAGAGGCACAUCCACUUCAACGAGCUGGUGGAGCAGUGCAUCGCGCUCGAGAUGAAGGGGGACGAUGACGACGACGACGACAUGGCGUAUCCCUCCGACGGCCUCGGCGACUGCGACGACAGCGAUUCGGACGACGGUGCAAUAAUGAUGAAGCGCUCGUCGUCGAAACGCAAACUCCCCCCCCUGGCCAAGAAACCCGCCCCGCCCGCCCCGAAUACCGACAUCGAGACAAUCGCCAUGCUCCCCUCCACCACACUCAAGUACCGCGAAGACACCCCCGAACCGCCGGAGUCGGCGCUAAAACACAGUAGUAGCUGGUCGCUUUCCAUCUCUCCGUCACCCUCACAGGAGACGCUCCGCCCUUCAUCCUCCUCUUCAACCGCAACAGCGCGCUCGUCCCCGUUAUCCAUACCUGCAUCGUCAGCACUGGACGAUGACGACGAUUGGCCGCCGCCUCCGCUCCCAGCGCGACGGGAUAGCGUGUCACUCGCCCAAGACCGCUUUGCGGGACUGCAGAUCUCGGAGGAGGCGCAGGGGGGGAUGAGGCGCACGCCGUCGGGGAUGUUUAUGCCGCUCGAGGAGGAUGAGGAUGAUAUUGUGGGGGAGGGGUUGUUUGGGAGGGUGGUGGAGACGGUUAAUACGGCGAGGGAUAUUGCGCAUGUCAUUUGGAAUGUGGGGUGGAGGAGGUAGUUGGGGUGGUGUUUUGUUCUUUCGGCGUGGGGGGCGUGGGGUAGUACCCGUCCUCUGCCCGGGUCUCAGAACUCGAUGAGCACUGUAUGGACAUACUGUUCAUCCCAUUGUUGUCCAGCUACCUCGGGCUCUUAUCCAACAACUUCCGGUCCACAGCACGGGACUUGGCGAAUAUUUGCUUACAAACGGCGUUAUUAUUUAUUGUUUUUCGACGGAAAGGGGAUCAGCAUUGCGUUGCGCGGGGUCGGCCGGUCUGGUAUCAUGUCUGCGUUUUUUGCAUUUUGUUUCCUUUUUCCUUUUUCCUGAACUCUCUCCCGAGACAUGCUGUGGGAUGAUGACGUUCUGUUUUUUGCUUUUUUAACUUCCUUCUUUCCUUCUUUCCUUCUUCUUUUCUGUUACUCUGUAUAUGAACGAUCGGGACUGAAGCGGGAACUUGUGUUAUUAAAAAGUAUUAGACCUCGAUCGAUGUUGGGUUUUUUUGGGUCUUGGUGUUAUGGUGGGGU